AGGAGGGCGGCGCGCUGAGAGGUUAUUUGUGGUUCGCUUUGAUCCCGAGGGGGAACCUGAAACUCUCACAUUCCUGGCAUAGCUGCCGCCUCCAGCGCGGGCCGAGCCUGGGGCUGCGCGCUGCGGCCCGAGCGCGGCCAGAGCGUCGGCGCCGCCGCCGAGUGCACACCUCCGCCGAGGCGUCCGCCGGGCUCGCACCGCCCAGCACCGGUGGGCUGGCCAGCGUCCAGGCGGGUGUCAGAAGCCCAGGCAGCAUGCGGACGCUGGAGGACUCCUCGGGCACCGUCCUGCACCGUCUCAUCCAGGAGCAGCUGCGCUACGGCAACCUGACGGAGACCCGCACGCUGCUGGCCAUCCAGCAGCAGGCCCUGCGGGGCGGGGCCGCGGGCACGGGCACCCCGCAGGCCUCUCUGGAGAUCGCGGCCCCCGACGACGGCCAGGGGCUGCAGCAGGCCAAGAGGCAGGAGCCCCAGGGCCAGGAGCACCAGGGCGGCGAGCCCCACUUGGCAGAGAACAGCCUCUACCGGCUGUGCCCGCAGCCCGGCAAGGGCGAAGAGCUGCCCACGUAUGAGGAGGCCAGAGCCCACUCGCAGUACUAUGCGGCCCAGCAGGCGGCGGACCGGGACCCUCGAGGGGCCCCCGGCGGCGGCGGUCGCAGGCAGGACGAGGCCCUGCGGGAGCUGAGGCACGGGCACGUGCGCUCCUUGAGCGAGCGGCUCCUGCAGCUGUCCCUGGAGCGCAACGGCGCGCGCGCCCCCAGCCACAUGAGCUCCUCCCACAGCUUCCCGCAGCUGGCCCGCAGCCAACAGGGCGCCCCACCCAGGGGCCCCCCGCCCGAGGGCCCGGAGCCCCGCGGACCUCCACCUCAGUACCCGCACCACGUCGUGCCCGCUCACGACACGGCCGCCGCUGGCCCCGACCCCCGGUGCCGCGCUCGCGGCAGUCCACACUUCCAGCAUGCUGAAGUCAGGAUCCUGCAGGCCCAGGUACCUCCCGUGUUUCUCCAGCAGCAGCAGUACCAGUACCUGCAACAGCCCCACGAGCACCCCUCGCCCCCGCCCCCAGCCGCUUUAGGCCACGGGCCGCCCCUCGGAUCCUUCAGCGCCCCUGGGUUGGAGGGGCCCGCCAGCACCCACGCCCCCUCAGCCACUGCGGGCAGUGCCCACCUGGCGCAGAUGGAGUCAGUGCUGAGGGAGAACGCCAGGCUGCAGAGGGCCAACGAGAGACUGCAGAGGGAACUGGAGAGCUCAGCCGAGAAGGCCAGCCGCAUCGAGAAGCUGGAAGGUGAAAUCCAGAGGCUCUCCGAGGCCCACGAGAGCCUGACGAGGGCCUCCUCCAAACGCGAGGCCCUGGAGAAGACCAUGCGCAACAAGAUGGACAGUGAGAUGCGACGGCUGCAGGACUUCAACCGGGACCUUCGAGAGAGGUUGGAGACUGCAAACCGCCGGCUGGCAAGCAAGACGCAGGAGGCCCAAGUGGGCAACCAGGACAUGGUGGCAAAGCUGCUGGCUCAGAGCUACGAGCAGCAGCAGGAGCAGGAGAAGCUGGAGCGCGAGACGGCCCUGCUGCGCGGAGCCAUCGAGGACCAGCGGCGGCGCGCUGAGCUGCUGGAGCAGGCGCUGAGCAACGCACAGGGCCGCGCGGCGCGCGCCGAGGAGGAGCUGCGCAAGAAGCAGGCGUACGUGGAGAAGGUGGAGCGGCUGCAGCAGGCGCUGGGGCAGCUGCAGGCCGCGUGCGAGAAACGCGAACAGCUGGAACUGCGGCUGCGCACUCGCCUGGAGCAGGAGCUCAAGGCGCUGCGUGCGCAGCAGAGACAGGCAGGCCCCCUGAACAGCGGCAGCGGGGGCUCCCCGGAGCUCAGUGCCCUGCAGCUCUCGGAGCAGCUGCGGGAGAAGGAGGAGCAGAUUCUGGCCCUGGAGGCCGACAUGACCAAGUGGGAGCAGAAGUACCUAGAGGAGCGCGCCAUGAGGCAGUUUGCCAUGGACGCUGCAGCCACGGCCGCUGCCCAGCGGGAUACCACCCUCAUCCGACACUCCCCCCAGCCCUCCCCCAGCAGCAGCUUCAACGAGGGUCUGCUCGCCGGCGGCCACCGGCAUCAGGAGAUGGAAAGCAGGCUGAAGGUGCUGCACGCCCAGAUUCUGGAGAAGGACGCGGUCAUCAAGGUGCUGCAGCAGCGUUCCCGGAAGGACCCGGGCAGGGCAGCCCAGGGCUCCCUGCGGCCCGCCAAGUCGGUGCCGUCUCUGUUUGCAGCCACGGCAGCAGGCCCCCAGGCCUGGCACAGACUCGCCUCCACCGAGCAGCCAGUGGACACCCUGCCCCGGAUGGCUGCAGCAGACAGGAGCCCUGCAGAGGAUCCCGGGGCUGUGACCCCGCUCCCCGCUCACUCCAAGCACGGGAGCAGAGAUGGGAGCACUCAGACUGACGCACCCCCAGACAGCACCCCUGCUGGCCUGGGCCUGGAGCCCGACAGCCUUCUGGGGUGCAGCCGAGGCCAGCGGACAGCUUCCCUGGAUUCCGUGGCUCCAUCCCGGGUGCAGGACUUGGCGGAUAUGGUGGAGAUACUGAUCUGAAGGAGGUGUUGCUCCUGGGACUGGCCGUCAGGCCCCGUGUCCUCUGCCUGUGGCGCUGGUGACCAGUCCAGCAGUCCCUCCAGUGGCUGCAUCUCUACCAUCCUCAGUGGCCACUCGCCUCCCCUUGAGGCCCAGGAGUUCAGGCAGGACGCUGCAGAGUACAAGGACCCUGACCCCGUGUCACCCUCACCUGUGGCCCAAGGCUUGCUGCUGGGGGUACAGCUGCAGAAGAUUCAGGAAGAAGCUGUGCCCCCCUGCACACCCCUGCUUGGCACUCAAGCGGAGAGAGCGGGAAGGAGGACAUAGGUUGGAGCAGGGGCUGCUUUCUGAGGACAGUCCCCCCGUGAACACGGGGCAGGGUCUGGUUGGGAAAUCAAGUCAGCGGCAGAGUUGGUGCCCUCUGCCCAGGCCCACCCGACUGCUGUGGCCCUUGACUGCCAUCCCCCAGGUUGCCCGAGAAUCUCCAUCUUUGGGAACUGUUGAGGGGGGUGACUCCUGCAGAAAGCCACAGGCUGGCUUCUCGGAGGGGACCCUCCUGGAUCGAGACUCUCUAACGGGCUUGUGAGCAGGAGGCGAGCCCACUCUGCCUCGUCCAGGCGCUCUGCCCCCAGGCCUGCCAUGGCUCUGGCUCCAGCCCUGGUGUGCUGCUUCCAGAUUCGGAUGCUGACCGAUGCCCAGGAGACUGGCCACUGCGCUCCUCUCCCACGUCCUGUUUUAAAUGCCCCCCACCCCACCCCUCUGCACCACCUUGAAAUGGCUUCACAGCUCCUGUUCCUGGACGUCCCGUCAGUUUGUUUAUGAGCCCUGAGCCAAGAGAAAUGAGCCCUGUAUCCCCCCAUCCACCCCCGACAGAUGCCUGCCCUGGUGGACUCUGGCACGAUGCUCUAGAAGGAAGCUGAAGAAAGUGGCUGUGUCUCCAUCAGUCUUUGUUCCCACCUGAGGCGGGAUGGAGGGAGCCUGGGUGAGAGCUGAUGCUUCAACCAGGAGGUGCCAUCCCUGACUGACUUCCGGUCUUGACUUCCCGUCUUAACGAGGCCCCCAACUCGGCCUGGGAGCGAGGAGCGGGUUUUAGCAACGUGUCUCGACUGUGUGUAGAUCUUGAAUCUUUGUGUGUUGUUAUUGUUGUUUUUUUCCUUUACUGUUUUUAGGUUCUGUUUGUGUUAUUUUAUUCCCAUGGUUCCUUCAAGUUUUCCUUUUUAAACACUUGCAUUUGCUGGACAAUUGCAUUUUUUUUUAAACCCUCUCUACCCUCUCUGAAAAGCUGAAACAUCCAUUUGGUUCAUGUGCAUUGUUUACAAAGCAAAAAGAAAAAGUGAAGAAAAAAGAAAAACUCGUGAAAGGAAAAAAAACACUUAAUAUAUUUUGGAUUAAUAUUUGGUAUUUCUUUUAAAGUAUUUUUUUUGUGCUGUGAACAUUUUCUGCCAAAGACCAUGAUGUGCGUCUGUAUGUUUAAGUUAUCGUAAAUAUUUAAAAUGUAAACAUGGCUGUUUUGUUACGCCACCUGUACCAGGAUUGCUGCUGCAUUCCACGGGGUCUAACAGUAUUUUAAUAAAAAAACACUAAA